CCAAUGGUGGAAAGCCCGCCACUGGGUGACUACGUACUGCUAGCCUUAAUAUGUACAUUGAAAACAAAUUGAUACAUGUUGGGUAUUGUAUGGGAUCUCGUUUGUGUUGUGUCGGAAUAUCAGAGAUUUAACUCGCCAUAGUGUUAAUUCCUACAGACAGUCAAAGCCGGCGUAAAGAUCAUCACAAAUGGAUGUUGAGGAUUCAUUGACACAGGAUUCAACUCUCUAGGUAUGACACCAAGCAACAUGGAGUAUGGCUGAUUUAAUGGAAUAAGAUAUAUACUUAAGGCAUCUUCAAAAUGUCUACCGCCAUACAUACUGAGGAUGGUAGAGGCCCCUUUUCCCAUCUUCAUCGGAAAGGUCUGCGGGAUAGGACUCAUUUUCCUUCUGGAAAUAAGGAUACUGUCCGGAAUAAUAAGUACAGUGCUUCAUCCAACAACAGGAACAACCGCCAUCUUGAUCGUCAAGGGAAAGGAAAGCCUACCAGCCAGGUCAGACGGACAUUAGCAUUUGACACCGAUGAUGAAAAUGAUGAAGAUUACGACUUAUACAAGGGAGGUUUAGAUUUCACAGACAAAAUCGCAGCUUUCCGAGCGCUUAUCAAGCCGAUGAAAGAUCCUGUGUCAAUUUUAAAAUCCAAACGUGAUCUUGACCAACUCAAAGAUGAAAGAAUGUCAAAAAGGAAUUCAAAUACUUUCACUGUGGAUAUCAAAAAAGAUACUGAGUUGAGGGUUUCUAAGAAUGAGGAUGACACUGCGAGGGCCAAACGGUCACUGCUGGGUCGUAAAGUAGACAAGGAAUUGUCACGCAUGUCCUUCAUCAAUUACCAGGCCCAUGUACACAUGAUGGAGAAUGGCCAAGGACAGCCCACAAAGGUAGGCCAACAUACACCUCGACAUGACACGCAAAAUAGUGUCAACAAAAACGCGUCUGUAUCAAAAAUUCUAGACGAGUAUUUGGAACUCCAUGAUCAAAAGAAACGAUGCCAAAAUUUCUCGGAAGGAUUGGAAAGUGUUGUUAAUGGCGAAGAUAGCAGAAACACGAAACCGUCGUCAAGGAAACAAGACAGACACGCAAACAAUCACAAUUUUGAUGAUGUUGAAUUAAAGGUAAAAAAUAAACGUAGAAUUAGUCAGUCUAAUUUUGAUAUGGAUCUGAUACAAAGUGGAAGUCAGGUUGAUCACUGUGAUAGUAAGUGGAAGUCUAGUCAGAUAGCUCAGACAAAUCUUUCAAUAGGAAGUGACCCGCUUAGUGACGUGGGAUCAUUGCUAAACAAAGAUGGCGGACAUAAGGGGUUAAAGACAGUUCAGAGUAAUGUCCCUCAUUAUCAUCCGUCUUGGUCCUCACACGAUAAGGAGUCAGGUCAAAGGUCACCAGGUCCAGCAUCUCCACAUCGAAAAUUGAGUCCACGAGUGCCAAAAACAGAUUCCAAUGCCGAAAAUUUUGAUUAUCAUUAUAAUGUCAAAAAUAAGUUUGGAUCUGGUCCAGAAGAAGAGACAAAAUAUCAAACAAAUACGUACAACUUUGCAGACCCUUUUAAAACAGGAAAGAGUGACAGAAAAUGGGAGAGAACUCCAAGACAAAAAAAAUCUACAGAAAAAGAUUUUACUGACCUCCACGAAAGGUCAAAAUCUGGUGGUCGCCAUACUAAAAGUGAUGGAUUUAAAAAUAAACGCUACCAACAAAAAAGUAGGUCACCGGGCAGGAAUCAUAAGUCAGAUUUCUGGGAUAAUUUCAUGUCAGAUUCCUCUAAAGAAAAUAUACCUGAUUCCGACGUUGAAAGUGAUGACAUGGAGGACAAACUACGAAAACAAAAACAAAAAGAUCGCCGCCAUCAAAAUUCAGACUAUAUAACUCAUGGAAAUAUACGUAAUGAGAAAAAUAGAUGGAAAGAUAAAAGUGAAUUGGGAAAUUCCCGAGAAAGAAACAAUCGUAGGAAAAAGGACAAGCAUGCAAAUGAUCAUGAUCACGGUGGACUUUCUGAUGAAAGUCUACAGAUAAUACCGGAAAGGGAUCUACCAGUUGGUCCAAAGGAUCUGUCGACUCAGGUGUCCAAAAUGGUCUCGAAACCAACUCCCAAAAAAUACCAGGAUGCCCUAGAAUCAAGGGUGUCUGACACCAGUCUAUCUGGGUCGGUGUGGUCCUCCGGUAGCCAGUCCAGUGUAAUACAGGCGGCGGAACUCAUAAAGCGACUCUAUAGUGCAGAUGCUAACACACGAGAGGAACUUAUACUGAAGGCUCGUUUCUUCCGACGCUGGUUGAAGCUUGUCCGUCGUAACCACAAGGGUUUCCGUGUGAACCACACUGCAGAACAGGAAGGUAGUUCUGUAUCAAACUUUCCCAAAUCUUCCAGUCACAAAGACUCGGUAUAUCAGACCAGGUCUCAAAAGUAUGUAGACUCACCUGUAGUGGAGAAUGUCAAACUUCACCCCACCCAAAAGUCUGCCGGUCUGUACACCCCCGUGACUCACCCCACAAAGCACUUCCACAGCACCCCACGUGAUGGUCACCUGACAGGAAAGGGAGGUUGUCAAGUUCAAAAUAGGGAGGACGUGGCUGUAGAUGACAACAAUGAUACAAAGUUCAAGGUCAUUGAGGACAAAGUUACAUGUAAGGCUGAUUUUGACAUAGAUACAGACAAUCACAAUCUUGCUCAUACACGUCUGCUUCAUAUAGAAAAUUUCCUUGAAGAUGCCUUACAAGAAUUUAAGAAAAAUUCAGCAGACAACAGAUUGCUAAAUGGGGUUGUCAAUGGAAAAUCUAGACAAAAUAUCAAGGAAAGUGGUUCAGAAUUGGAAGAAAAGCUACAUCCAAGCGUUGCGGCACAGCAAAAUUCUGAUAGGGAUACAGUAAAUAUAAAAAUUGCUGAUCCUCAUAGGAACAAUUCUGUGAGUAGCAAAGAAGGCAAAGCCAAAAAGAAGAAAAGGAAUAACUCCUUGGAUAGACUUUUGAAGUCUGAUGAUCAGUCAGUUAAGACUGGCAAGGACAAACAGAAAGAUUUCCGUGAUCAAAGACAGAACAAUGGCGUUGUGGAUCUACAUGUCAACGGCAGUGCCCCAGUCAAUAGUGGGGAGAACGGGCUUAGUAACAGUCAACCCUCCAGCCUUAUCGGGCAACAUCUCGGGGGCAAAUUCAUCAAAAUACAGAAAAAGAAACGAGAUUCAACAACUUCACUUCCUGUACAGGUACCGACCCCAAUAGACAGUGAUCAACAACUACUGGACACAGCUAACUACGGCGUCUGUCUGCAGAGGGCUGAGAUCUUUCUCCGAGAUCGCCUCCUGAAGAUCUACUUUAAAAUGUGGAAAAAUCGGGCCAUGGCAAAGCUCAAGGAAAGCAGAGCUGGGGCACUCCACCGAUACCAUUCACUGCGAAAGGGUAUGAAGGCGUUCUCUUGGGCCAUCAGUCGGUCACGUAUUCAAGUGGACAUCCUCCAGUCCCGAAUGACUUGCAUUGUCCUGGCUGCCCGCUUCACACAUUGGAAAAAUCUAGCCAUGAAGAAUCGCCAGGAACGCUUGGAGAAAUCCUUUAUCAGAUGGCAGUGUUUCACCCUGGAGUCACAGAAAGUGAGGAAACUGAGAUGGCAGGGUGACCAGAAGAUCCUGCGAGGAGCUCUGACACAGUGGCGCUCACAGUUUAUUACUCGCCUCAAGGAGAACAAAGCUGACCUACACUUUAGGACGACUCUCCUUGCUGAACAACUGAAGUGUUGGAAGCUAUUCACGAGCGAUUCCAAAGAGAAGAAAUGUCGAGUUGAUACAGCUAGACUGUUUUUCUCACAUCAUUUACAAAACAAGAUGUUUGUCCAAAUGGUGAUGGUGUUCGGGAAGACUUGUAUGGCCAAAUCACAUCACAGAAAGAGGACAUUACACAUGGUGCUGGUUGCCUGGCGACAGGCGUCACAUGUCUGUAAAGUAGAACGACAGCGUGACAUGAGUAUCAGCCGAGAACAUUGGCGCAUGGCGACGACAAAACAGGUGUUCUGUCACUGGCACGACCAGCUGCUUGUACAGAGGACACGUGGUAACAAAAACAAGCAACUUAUACGAAAUGCAUUCCACAUCUGGAGAGUUGAGUGGACAAGACUACUAGCGGCACGUCUUGCGAAUGAGGCACGUCUGAGACGUGAGAUUCUGACCACAGCCCUGCAACUAUGGCGGGCCAACGUGGAACUGUUACAGAGGCGUCGCCAGGCUGGCAUCAUUCACUUACAGAGGGCGCUAGUUCGUCAUGCUCUGCUGGAGUGGCAGGCCUACACUCAACACAGGAAAGAGCUCAGAAAAUAUAAAGAGUCCACCAGGAAGAUCAUGACAGUUUACAAACGCACCAAAGACCUGCAGAAGCAGCGACGAUGUCUGUCUGUCUGGCGUCACAAGUUUGAGGACAGACUGGACAUACAGAAAGCGAAACAGUUCUGGUCUAACAUUUGUGUGAGGAAAGCUUUAGACCAAUGGAAGAAGCUAUGCCACCGCCAUAUGCUGUACAAAUUACUGGAGGCCACGAAGCCAAACCGAAACUUAGCCCUUAAGAGAGUAAUGUUCCAAAGAUGGUUGGAAGCUAGAUCAAAGAUCAAUUGUGAAAAAAAGGAGGCAGACCAGAUGAGGACAAUCCUGGAACAUUCCCAGCUGCAGCGAAGCUUUCAGACAUGGUGGAUAGCUACCCAGCAACGCCUCACCAUCAAACCGAUGUUGCUACGACAACAGAGGGCCAUGGUAACAGAGGUGUUUGAUAACUGGCGCUGGUUGGUAAAACACAAGGCCACAUGUAAGAGAAGCAGCAACCUAUUCCAGACCUGCCAACUACAGGCUAAGUUCUCAAUCUGGAGGCGCCAGUAUCUUAUCCACCAACUGGAGAAGGAUGUACGUAAUACCAAUAACAUGAAUCGUCUGAGACGCUGUGUACAGGGCUGGAGGCUGAUUAUCUCACGUAAGCACACAGCUCACUGCUUCCACCAGAGGGUGCUGGUGAGACAGACCUUCCUGUACUGGCGGGAGAAGGCCCUCGGACAACUGGAGAGACGUGUGGAGGCCAACGAGAUUGAGGCAUAUCAUAUGUCCAUUUUGAGGUCACACUUUGACCUGUGGUUAGCCAAUGUUCGGGAGAAGGUAGUGGAAGAGGCGGCCAUUGUUGUAAGGAUGGACCAGGAGCGGACAGACUGCAGUCUUAGGACAUCCUUCUUGUUCUGGCGUAGACACUUCAGGGCCAUCGUUAUAGCCAGAGAAAACCAGGCCCUCCUCUGCCGUAAACUCCAGUUACAAGCCAUACAGGCAUGGCACCAUCUUACACAGGCGAGACUACACGAUGCUGUACACAACUUCGCAGUUAGGCUGGGCCUUGAGUUACCCAACAGGGACAACAUGUCAAUAUCAUCAGGUGUGUAUGAGUACGGACAAUCUCCACUGAGUGACAUAUGUCCGUCUCCAAGGACAGACUUUAAUGAGAGGACGGAACCAUACCUGUCACCUGGAUCAGGUACUCCCAGGAGGAUAGAGGCCUUCUACUCCUCUGGGGGGGCAGGAACCCCUAAUAGGAGAUUGUUCUCUCCAUCCUUCAGCCUGUGGAGUUUGGACCAAGACAACGCCACGGCAGAUUUCACCCUCCAACCUACUCUGGCUGACAAGUCUUUCCUUGACACUCGCUUUGCUAUGGAACAGGCCGUGAAAACGGAGAAACUCAGGACGCUUGUGUUCCAUGCUGUGAAGCGACUCAGAUUUUGGCCAAUUAGUGUUGCGUUUGACCAGUGGAAGGAAUUCACCAAUCGUCAACGAGAACUCAAAGCGUUGUCUAAUCAGCUGCAAGCUUACAUUAAGGAAGCAGAGAUGAGGCGUGUGUUACGGAUAUGGAGAACAGCUCAAGCCAAUAACAACAAAGCCAAGACGUUCAUGGAAUCGUCUCUGAAGACCUGGGUGUUCACAACCUUGUACGAGAACAAAUGUGUCUGCAAGCAGAAGAAACAGUUAUCUGCCCUUGCCCAUCAUCACCUCUCCCUGAAGGUCUUUAGGAAGGUGUUCCCUGUAUGGUUUGAGAAGGCAAAAGAAAAACGCCACCAGGAGCAUGUUUGUCACUUGUGGACCAACCUGACUCCUGAGGAACACACCCUGCUGCCCCUGGAGACUACUGUCAAGGGACGCAUUGAAAAGAAGACUCUGCAGAAGUGCUUUGCUGUGUGGAACCUCAAGUUUCAGCAAAUCUAUAGACUGAAGAAAGCCUUUGAUAAUGUUCUGCUUCAGAGGUACUUGGAGGAGUGGCAGGUAUGGUCCCACCAGAGGCGACAGAGGAGGGAACAGUCAGUCACAUUCUGUACACACAGACUUAACAAACAGGUAUUUUACUUGUGGCGGUUGAGGUAUCAACAGCAAUCGCAGGUAGAAAUACAAUUCAAGAAUGUUUGGCAGAACCAUCUAAUGGGUGUUGUCAGGGAAUGGCACAGGUGGACUCUAGCUGCAAAGCAGCACCGCCAUAUAUCAAAAUUGAUCGAGAAAAAACAGCACCACCACCUGGUGGUGAACACCUUCAUGAAGUGGAGACUGGAAACUAGAAAGCACCAGCAGAUCACAGUAUGGUACCAGUCACGACUGGCUCUCAAGGUUUUCUACAGCUGGCAUCAGGUGACUGCACAACAAAAGACGAGGAAACGCCAAAUCUUGGAAUUCCGGGUCAGGAGCUACACCAAACUGGUGGGGAAACUGUUCCGUACCUGGCACAACUACUAUAUCAGUCGCCUACAGCAACAUCAGGAGCAUGAGAAAGUUGUCCGUAUGCGAGCUCUACAGUUGUGCAGGAGGUGGCAUCGAAAGGCACAGACCACCAGGGGGUGUCGUCUCCAGCAACACUUCAAACAUAGACAGUUGCAGUCCUAUUUCCGACGAUGGAGGACGUGUUACGACCGUCACCUGGAGCGUGAGGACACGCUGGCCUGUUAUGUCGCCCGUAAAGACGAGCAGCUUGUCGGUCGCUACCUAACACGCUGGAGGACCUCAGUGAUGUGUUGUCAGGCUGGUCGAAUGUUUGAUACAAAGCUCACCAGCACUGUGUUCACUGAAUGGCGUGUCUUCACAGCAGAGGCCAAAAAGAGACGUGCUGCAUGUGCAGUGUUCCAGCGAGCCCGGCAGCAGCGUAGUGUAGUGGUACAGUUCCUGUACUGGGUUCAUAUCACACGGGUACGCCGGUCCAUCCACCACCACUUCAACCUUAAGCUACAAAUACGGGUCCUACGAGGUUGGGCAGUGGUAGCAAGACGGCGCCGUAAAUUAAAAAGUCUAAGUGAUGUGAUGACAGCCCGUGUCAAUCGACGGGUGAUGAUCUCCACGUGGUAUACGAUGAGGGAAGACUUUGAUUAUUACCAAUCCCUCACCGACAUGUGCAGCAAGGUUGCUCAGGACAAGGAUCGCAGCUGUUUGCGUCAGGCUCUUGUUAAGUGGAGAGAGCGGCUCAACAGGGUUAUUGCUGGCCACUGCUAUCAUCAUAUGCUGGCUCGUAGGGGAGUCCGGGUUUGGCGACGCUUUGUUUCCAACCGCAAACAGGAACGGCAACACCAACAAGACCAGGAGGAGAAAGCAGUUAGGCACCAUAACAGACACAUAAGUCGCAUGGUCCUAUAUGCAUUGCACAGCGAGAUCUUGGUGGUACAUCAGGUGCAACGCCAUAGCAACCGACUGUCUCAGAAAUACGGCCGGCUGUGGAAGCUCCGGGUGGAUAUGAUGUACACUGCAAAGAUCCUGGAAAAAGAAAACUUAUACAAGACUUGUUGGCGACAAUGGAGAAUACAGUUUGCUCAACAGCUUGCGGUGAAAAGAAUGUACAACUACAAUGAGAAACAUCUGUUAGCCCAGGUGUUUGUGACGUGGAAGAAUGUGAGCUUGAAAAGGAAACCACUCAAGUACCUGACAUCAUCACCAAUCCCGUCCUGCAUUCCAGUACUUCGCCUCCCCAACACUGGUCUUAGUUCAGGGGAGUCCACUCCAUCACCAAGUCCCCGCCCCACCCAGAUCCCAGGGCCGUUAAGUGCACGGGGAAGCUCAGUGACAGGGGUCACGGGGUCAAGAUUAAAACAGCGUAGAUCAUCUGUACCUGGUAUUAUACCUAUCAAGAAGAAUUGAUUCUAGCACUUCUUCGAUAUUUCAAGACUGGCAGAAAGAUGUUGUAGAAGAGACAUUGAAUGUUUGUAAAAGUUGAAGUGAUGUGUCAUCUGCAUGUACAAACUGGCAAAAGGCACAAUCAAUUUUACCUUUGUGUUAACGGGUUCAGAAAAGAUUGGAUACAAAUGUAGCUGUGUGUUGAUGGUCAUGUAAAGCAAGUGUAGUAGUGUGUUAACAUUAUGAGUUAACUCAAUAACCCCUGAAGUUUCAUAAUGAACUAUUCUAACCUUUGAAUUUGAAGGGUUCAAAUGUGUCUUCAGGGGUGAAUGAGUUGUAAGUAGCAGUGUGUUAAAAUAAUGGGUCAAAUACAUUUUUGACAGUCAAGGAAAUCGAGUAUUGGCGUUCAAGCUAAGCUGUGAUAUCAUAAGAAUUAAUAAAAGUAUUAUCAUAUAAUAUAGGUUUGCUAAUUAUCGGUGCAAAAGUAUUCUUUAUCAUGACAGUAUCCAGGUAGCUAUCUCAUUUUCUAUUUCAUCCUAUGCUUGAGCUACAUCUGUAUACCAUUUUAACUUACUGGUUUUGUGAUAUGUCAUAAGAAACAGUGAGAUGACAUCAUAAUUUACCCAUGCACAAUGGUUUUUAUGCUGGAGUUUUUUGCCAUCAAAUGUUUUACGUAUGUGAUCAAGGGAACACAUUUGAUAAGAAAACUGAACAGAGCCUUGCUAUGUGAUAAAGACAACCUGAGUGUUCACAUUACGUACGUUACUUCAGAAACGUGUUGCAGCUCAAUUGUUUCAGAAAGAAGGUUAUAUCCAAUUGGUCCUCUUUACUAGAGGUGAAUUAAUAUAUCUUGACUUUUAACAUUUAAAAAGUUUGAUAUAUCAAAAUUAUGUGUUGUUUUUCUUUAAUAUUUAAAGAUUAGAUGGAGCAUAAAAUUUCUGUGAUUAUUUAAAGUUCUCAAUUUGUUUCAUGAAAACCUCUUGAUUGAUUUUCAAUGAAGUUCAUUCUUAAAAUCAAUGAAAUUGAUAAUCAAAUUAUCUUGCCCAUAUUAGUAUUUUGACUAGGUGUAGCCUAAUAUUUUAAAAUAUAUUAGAGACGUCUCCAUUUUGAACAUAUUGCCCUUAUAGGGUCCUUUGCUGGACUAAAAACUUACAUUUGAAUAUAAUUGGGAACCAAACAUACAUGUAACAUACAUGCAUAUGUUUUGUAGUAUUUAUAUUUUUGAUUUAGACUAGUGCUAGUACAUAUUAUUGUAUUAGAUUCAUGAGAAACCUUCUCACAAAAAGGCAAAUUAAUUCUUUUGAAAAUAAGGUAAACAACAUGGAACAUGUAAACAACAUGCAACAUCAAAACCAAAGAAUUUACCAUAUUUUACCUGUAUGCAGUACUUAAUUAGAUGACCACUAGAACAAUUCCUGAAUUGUACUGUAAACUAUAUAUAGAGAAGUGAUCAAUUCUAGACUUCAUCUGGUUUUUGUCUAUUCCGUCUUUGCGUAUUGCAGAGUUAUCUUCUCUUGUGA